CGCAGGUCAAGUGGGCAAGUGACUUCCACACUAACUUCCACACAUGUUGAACUGAAGCAGAGUUAUAGGGGGAAGGCAGCUGGAUUGUCUUCAUCUACCGGGACUCUUCCGCAGCUGCUGAUGGGAGCUGCGCGCGUAUAAAAUCCUCAAGCUUCUUGUGAGGGGGGGGAAGGGGGGUUGAUCGUCGGGAAGGAGGAUUGUACCAAAAAAGUGCGACUCGAGGAGCAGCUUAUUCAUGCAAAUUCAUGAAAUCAUAGGCGUGCCUUUGGACGAUGGAGUCACGGCCGGAAAAACAAACCCCCUCCUGGAUGAUCAGUGCGCUUCAAAGACUGUGAUGCGCUGAGCUCGGACGCAUUGACGGCGGCACCGGGGCGACUAUUUGAAGAGCUCACAGACGCACAGGAGAAAGUUAGGGCUCGUUUCUCUUCCCACACGCUCCUGUUGACUGGCUGCACUUCGUCCUCCUCUCACCGAACCACCAGCGCCAGUGACUGCUGCGCCACUGGAUCUCCAACCGCAGGCGCAUCGUACCAACUGUUACGCACGGCCACAACUAUCACUAUCUGCCCCUGGCUAUUUAAUUCUUUUUUGUUUCUUAUUUUGUUUUUAUUUGUACUUUUGUUUCUUGUAUGUGUCACUGUCGUUUCAAUUCCUGAGAACACCGAUGCGGAUGAAGUGACAGCCGAGCCACACCAGAGUCUGUGCGUGAAGACGCCACCGCCGAUUCGUUCCCGUUUUGAGGAAAAGGUUUUAUUCUCAUUUUUAGUUGGACUUUUCUCGCACCGCCAUGUCCGAGGACGACAGUAGCUCCACCGCCAGCUGCAUGUCCGACACCGAAGGGAGCAACGUCAGCGUCCUCAGCUGGGAGCAAGUGCGGCGGCUGGACUCCAUCCUGACGGAGACCAUCCCGAUCCACGGCCGCGGGAACUUCCCGACCCUGCAGAUGCAGCCCCGGCAGAUCGUGAAAGUGGUGCGCAGUCGGAUGGAGGAGAAGCACAUCCACGUCCGGGACGUGCGGUUAAACGGCUCCGCGGCCAGUCACAUCCUGCACGAGGACAGCGGACUGGGCUACAAGGACCUCGACCUCAUAUUCUGCGCAGAUAUGAAAGGAGAAAGCGAUUUCCAGACUGUGAAGGACAUAGUGUUGGACUGUCUCCUGGACUUUUUGCCAGACUGUGUGAAUAAAGAGAAAAUAUCGCCGUUAACGUUAAAGGAAGCCUAUGUGCAGAAGAUGGUGAAGGUGUGUAACGACUCAGACCGUUGGAGUCUCAUCUCGCUCUCCAACAACCGGGGGAAGAAUGUGGAGCUGAAGUUUGUGGACUCUCUCCGGCGGCAGUUUGAGUUCAGUGUGGACUCAUUUCAGAUCAAGCUGGACUCCCUGCUGCUGUUCUACGAGUGCUCAGAAAACCCCAUGGCUGAGACCUUCCACCCCACCAUCAUGGGCGAGAGCGUAUAUGGGGACUUUGUCGAGGCCCUGGACCACCUACGUCACAAGGUCAUCUGCACCCGCAACCCGGAGGAGAUCCGAGGCGGGGGUCUGCUGAAGUACUGUCACCUGCUGGUGAGGGCAUUUACAGCUGACUCAGAGUCAGAGAUGAAAUCCCUGCAGCGCUACAUGUGCUCACGGUUCUUCAUUGACUUCCCUGACAUUGGUGAACAGCAGCGAAAGCUGGAGUCAUACCUUCAAAACCACUUUGUGGGCCUGGAGGACCGCAAGUACGACUACCUAAUGACCCUGCACGGAGUGGUCAACGAGAGUACGGUGUGUCUGAUGGGACAUGAGAGGCGGCAGACUUUAGGGCUGAUAGCCAUGCUGGCGGUGCGAGUGCUUGCCGAGCAGAACGUCAUUCCCAACGUGGCUAAUGUCACAUGUUACUAUCAGCCUGCUCCUUAUGUGGCAGAUGGCAACUUCAGUAACUACUACAUAGCACAGGUUCAGCCAGUGUUUGCUUGCCAGCAGCCUGCGUACUCCACCUGGCUUCCCUGUAACUGAGACCGCCCCCAGGGGAGGAGGAUGGAGAGAGUGUGAUUUGUUUAAACGGGAUCAAGCGGCAGAGUCGCCGCCUCAAACCUGCCCAGGGUUUGACAGCCGACAGAAAAAGGAGUCUUCUUUUUAAUGUCAAAGCUUCAAGCUUGUGUUUUUGUUUAUAAGCUGAGUAUGAAUGCUGAAUAAAAUCCAGUUGGCUUUCAAUUCCAAAACUAUUCCGAUGAGAACAUCUCCUCAACGUCUCCUGAUCCUGCACAGGCCAACAGGUUUGGGGAAAGAUUCAUUUGGGUAGAGCUUGGAGGUAAAGGCUGAAUGCAAAUAUGUGACAGUCUCUUAAAUGCGAGUCAUCGAGACUGAUUGAAUCUGUCAAGAAUGGAUUAGCCAGCACAUUCCAGCAGCAGGGCAAACGGCCGCAGCAGUGUCCUCACACACACACAAACACAAACACUGGGUGCAAUCACAGGCAUGUGGAGGGCUCCAGCCCAACACCCUGUAGACUCUAGAGAUGAACUGAGGGGAGAUGCUGUUAAAUUAGUUUGGAUAACAAACCGGCAUCUCCACCUUGCAUUUGGAUAUAAUUAUGGUUGUUUACAGACCAAAGAUUUUUCUUUUUGAUUGUCUCUAACAUUAAAACCCGAUUUUGAUGGGGUAAAAAAAUAUAUAUAUAAAUCUAUGUCUAUUUGUAUAUGUGAAUAUAUAUAUGUGUGUUUAUAAGUGCCUAUUUGCCAUAUGACUUUUGUGAAUUAGCCCCACUCUAUUUCAAAGUCAGGCACACAGAGACAUCAGCAGCCCAGAGGCGUGUGAAUGUAUACGAGAGAUCAUGCACAGUCACUGUUUGUGUACGUUUCGAUGCAGAUAAGCAGCCAUUCAUCAGCAUGGUCUUUCCAGUAAAGUCAUGGUCAAAUGGUUCAUUACAAGAUUCACAUUUUUCAUGUGGACAUGUGGAAACUCCAGAUUUUAUCUCCUCUGAGUGAUGCUAAAAUGUUCCAAAUUAACAAACACAGGCAUUGUUCAGCUGCACUAUAUGGAUCAUCAGCAAAAGUUUCACUCUCACACACACACACUAUUUUCGGUGUAUUUUGUACAGCGGUGCUUGUCUUUUUCUCAUAGGAGAAGGAAAAAAAAGUUCACAGGUUGAUAGAUAAGAGACAGAGGGAGAGCAAAGGCUGCAGUCAGAGUCAGACAGAGAGCUGCUGUGUGUGCGUUCCUACGCUUCCUCCUGCAGCUGAAGGAUAUUUGCUGAGACACCUCAGAUGACGACGAGACACUAUUUGCUGUAGCACCCUGGCAGGGAAUUCCUCGGCUGCUGCUGAAGAGCUUGAACUUAGCUGUAGGCUCAGAGCCUGCAGACGCUCCGUUCAGGGUUCAGACAAUGAAAUGUCGUGCCAAACCUCUCGAUGGCCCUCGCUGAUAGCCCUGAAGUCUAAUGAGCCAUUUGUUGACGUGGUGCAGCCGAAGACGCUGUGUUUAGAGAAGACGAGGAAAAAGAGAAAGGAGAGCGAAAGGGAGAUGCAGUCGUUGAAAGGCAGGAGGCAGAGUGAGUAUGUCUGGAGAGAUGGGUGCAGCUGGUGAUGGGGUUUAUCUCUUGAGGGCUACCAUGCUUUACUGUACAAACAGUCUCUGUUCAGGUCAGGUUGCAAGUUAAUGCACAGUGCUGCAGCUCGCCCCUUUUUUCCAGGGGGCAACAAAACAACUGUUUCAGCAUUUGCUUUCUGUUUGGAUCAUCUGCCGUUUAAAGAGAGUGAUUAAACUGCGUUCACACCAGGUUCAACACACUUUAAGUUGCAACUUAUAUUCCAUUUCUAAUGUUGCUUUGAUGAUGCCUAUUAAUGUUUUUUAUGCUUCAAUCCAAACCCAUUUUAAAGAACUGUAUAUAUAUAUGUAUAUGAUUACAUGCCACAGCUUUGCCAACACACUUAAUCUUUUGCAAACUUUACUGCAGCCUUCCCUAAAGGGGAUUUUUAAGCAUUAAGACGAAGGCUAGGCCCUACAACCAGGAUCGACGCAGUCCUGCGACACAAAGAGAAAUUCUCUCACUGAAGAAAAAAAGCUUUUCUUUUCUUGUCCUCUGUCUCGCAUAAUUCAGGUAAUCCAUAUCUGCUCUGUCCAGUUGUUUCCUCCUCUCAGUGACUGUCCACGUCGACGGUAUCCUCCGGAUUGCGCAGGCAAUGUGUUGUCAUUUGAUACUCGGUGAAAAGCCGACUAGCUAGCUAUAGCUCUGUCAAAUAGUGAUUGUGCCUCUUGGUUAGAGAUUGUGGAUAACUGCUUCGUCUUGUACAUGUUGUCUCAAUUACCCAUUUCUGUCCAUGCUGUCUUUUACAAAUCAAACUUUGAAAAAAAAAGAAAAAGAUUUUUGUCUUGUAUGUAUAUUUUUUAUGAUUGUUAUUUUUAUAAAUGUAUCAGACACUGCAGAUGUGGCAGUGCUUUGGAAUCUGUGAUCAAGUUUCAGAGGAUAUGUUCUCUAUAGCUUUUUUGCUAUAUUUUGUCAUGUGUCCAAUGGGUCAAAAGGUUAAAGAUGCUUUCAUCAAUAAAAUAUCUGAAAACCA